UGCGGAAAACCGUAGGAUUACACAAUAUUUGAGGCCUUCAAAUUUAGAUCUUUAAGUGCCAAAAUUUUCUUUACUUCAGUUCUUCAUGUCACCACUUUACAAACAAAGCAAAGAUACGUGAUUACAUCCGAGAAUGUCAUCCAAAUCUGAAAACGAUCUAUGUUGAACCAGCAUUCUACAUACAAAAUUGGCAGUCACCUCUAACGGGGAUGACGCAGCGUUCUUCCGACGGUACGAUUGAAUUCCUCUUACCACUUACGAAAGCAGAUACAAUCGUUCAUCAGAUUGAUAUCACAGAUUUUGGUAAGAUCGUCGCUGCAAUUUUGGAAGAUCCGGAGAAAUUAGUGAACAAAGAGAUCUGUGCAUGCGGUGAAGCGAUCAAAUUUAAAGAUAUUGCAAGGGUGUUUACACAAGUUACGGGCAUCCUAUCAAAAUGUAGAACACUGAGUGACGAAGAAUGCCGUCAACGCGCGAAACAUUUUCCUAAAGAUAUACAAGAUGAGUUCAUAUCAAGUAAACAGUGGGCUGAAGAAUACGGGUAUUACGGAAAAAAGACAGAUAGUGAAUGGGAUUCAGGCAAGAAAUUGGUUGAGAAAAAUGGUGGGAACAUGAAUACAUUUGAAAGGUUUUUAAAGAAAACGGGUUGGACAGGACCAGAAAAGGAAUCAUCAAGACUUCGUAAUCAAGUAUAUUCUUCUCGUACAGAUGAACUAGACGAAUUAUCGGAAUCACCACUCGCUGAAGGGUUAAAAGAAUAUCGUGGAUGUUCAAAAAAGCGUUUAACCAACCUCCAUAAUUGA